GGAACUAGUGAAAGCGAUCACCAGUUUCAUCAACAUUUCACCAGAAUUACAAGAAGUCACUCAAGAGACAUGCCCUUUGGUUGCACAAGCAUAAUGACUUGUGUUAAUUAUAGUAUAAAAAAAUGUGAGUUGUUGGGGAGAAGACAUUAACUUGACUCCUGAUCACACAGUCAGGUUCCAGCAUCUUGUUCUUGAAGAGACUGUCCCCAUGGCGACGAUGUUGACUGUCCUUAUCCUACUCAGCAUUGCCUUUGCAUACCUGUCCUUUUCAGGUAACAGGACCCUGGAACCCCCAUCAUCUGGAACCGAGGAGCCGUCCUUCUCAGGUGACAGGACCCUGGAACCACCAUCAUCUGGAACCGAGGAGCCAUCUUUCUCCGGUGACAGGACCCUGGAAUCCCCAUCAUCUGGAACCGAGGAGCCGUCCUUCUCAGGUGACAGGACCCCGGAACCACCAUCAUCUGGAACCAAGGAGCCGUCCUUCUCAGGUGACAGGACCCUGGAACCACCAUCAUCUGGAACCGAGGAGCCGUCCUUCUCAGGUGACAGGACCCUGGAAUCCCCAUCAUCUGGAACCGAGGAGCCGUCCUUCUCAGGUGACAGGACCCUGGAACCACCAUCAUCUGGAACCGAGGAGCCGUCUUUCUCUGGUGACAGGACCCUGGAACCACCAUCAUUUGGAACCGAGGAGCCAUCCUUCUCAGGUGACAGGACCCUGGAACCGCCAUCAUCUGGAACCGAGGAGCCGUCCUUCUCAGGUGACAGGACCCUGGAACCCCCAUCAUCUGGAACAGAGGAGCCGUCCUCCGGAGUGUGAGAAGAUCAUGAACAGCAACGGGAGAGUUGAUAAUAUUGAUUACCAUGAUAUUGACCAGGGUAUAUUUUUUUACAUGGAUAUUACAGUGCCAUUUCAGACACAGCCUGAGAGGGAAAUGUACAGCAAUUGUUUGUCAGGUUUAAUUAGCAUAAUUGUUAACUUUUCUGCUAUCCUGUCUAGUAACUUUCCAUAACUAUGUAGACAGUAAAGCCUUAUAUGCUGUAGUGUGUCUUUCACUGAAGCUUUCCUAUCCUCUGUGCUGACUGUCAUUAGCAGACCUGGGCUCAAACAUACUAUCUGAAAUCUUCCAUAUACUUUGAGUGUUUUAUCUAGCCUGUCUGAAGUGCUGAAUGGGCAGUGUUUGCAGUUUUGGGACAAUUUUAUUGGUCCAUUUUACCAUGCAGGCUCAUUCAAGCACAGAUUAAGUAUUUGGAAUGAUUUCAAAUAGUAUUUUAACCAGGUCUGGACAUAAGAAAAUAUUACAUAACAUAUACAUGUAAGAUCCUGUUUUUGUUAUUUUAUCCCCCUCUACUUUACACAGGGCAGGAGACCUUCCAGGCUUCUGGUCUAUCAGAUGUCAAAGACCUCUGUAGUACCACUUCAUACAGAGUUUGACUCUUUCUAUCUUCUGUUUCAUCAUCUAAACCCUGUGUCCCAUGAUGUAGUUGUUUUGGAGGCAUUCUGUCAUGGAAUAAAUCUAUAUGAUCAAGAUCAUCUUGUCCUAGUUGCAAGGUCCCUCCUGGGAAGGUGGGUGGGGUCAUUUAUUUUUCUUUGCAAUUUUCUCUCUUUGCAAUUCUGUCACUAUUGUGAAAGUUGUUUUAGACUUAAAGCAUAUAGCCCAAUUGACAAGUACUGCAUGACUGUGCCACCAGUGGACGCUGCUAAGGGGAGGACGGCUCAUAAUAAUGGCUGGAAUGGAGUCAAUGGAACGCUAUCAAACGUGGUUUCCAUGUGGUUGAUGCCAUUCCAAUGACUCCAUUCCAGGCAUAACUAUGAGCCGUCCUCCCCACAGCAGCCUCCACUGUGUGCCACACAUUGUAAUUGAUAUACAGUAUGUUUGCCAAGGUUAUACAGUGUAAGAUUAAGUAGUGUAUGGUUCCAACUUGUAUAGAUCACGGUAACAUAUAAUGUACUAACAAUAUCAAUAUUAUGUUUGCGUUUUCUCUAGGCAAUGUUAAUGUACUGUACUUCUUCAUAUUGCACUCGGUGAACCAGAACUGUGUGUGUGCGUGUGUAUGCAUAUGUAUUGCUUGAUUAGGACAAGCAAUACAAACGCAAAAGUGUUUACUUCUCUUGAGACGAGUAUGAUGAAGAGAGGAAAAAAAGAGUUGUCGAGUUGCAAAAAUGCCCAGGCUUUGGGGAAGUGUUGCUACUAUUAAAUAAAGAAGAGAUGAUUAAUG